AUGAGAAAAGCUAAUAAUAAGCAAUUUCGGCUUACCGCUGACGACGCGUCCGGCUUGGUCAUGCUAGCGGGUCUGAAAGGCUCUUUGUCCUUGUCUGGGCGUGAUGCCGAGAAUGUCAAUGUCAAGUCAACAGCAUCCAUUUCCGAGGCCCCUACUCCAGACACGGACGAUGAAUUCCAUGCUCUUUCUCAAAAAGAAGUGACAGCACGUCAAGUGGCGCCUCUGGUGCUACUGUUAACUAGUGCUGCAUUCAUAAACACACUUUCGAUUCAGUCCGUCGUCAUUAUUCUGCCCGGCAUUACUGAUGAUCUUGAUAUCCCAGAAACAAGACAGCAAUGGAUCGUUUCGGCAUACUCGUUGACAGCGGGCUCGUUUCUUCUCCUGUCCGGAAAGCUAGGGGACGUGUACGGGAAACGAUGGCUGUUUAUCAUCGGCUGCUUCUGGUUUACGAUUUUCACUCUGGCAGUAGCGUUCAGCCCAGUUGAGAUAUGCAUGUAUAUCAUGAGGGCUUUGCAGGGUCUGGGAGCUGCGAUAACUGUUCCUACCGCAAUUGGAAUUAUCGGCUAUACGGUACCUCCCGGACGAAUUAAGAACUACAGCUUUGCAUUCUACUCCGCUGGGGCGCCUACAGGACAGGUAUUCGGGAAUUUACUGGGUGGGAUAAUUUCCCAAUACGCAGACUGGAAAGUGGUAUUCUUCGUAAUAGCUGGAAUGGGAUUUGCCAUCGCCGUCUCAGCCAUCUUCGUCAUUCAAAAAGAGCCCUCCCGAGGUCAAAGCACGGCGGACGCCCGAGCAGCAAGCGUCGACUGGAUAGGCGCUUUCUUUUUCACCGCGGGAGCACUCUUGCUACUCAUUUCUCUUUCAGAAGGGGCAUCUAGCGGAUGGGACACGCCUUACGUCGUUGUUCUCUUAAUCCUGGCGCUAUUGCUAAUUGCUAUCUUUGUUUACUGGCAACACUAUCUCGAGAGCCGGGCUCGUGAGCCUCUCAUGCGUACAUCGACGUUCCGGAACGUGCGAUUCUCCGUCGCGAUGGUAAUUGCCCUUAUCUUCUCAGCUGGAUUCACAAACUUUGUUGUCUACUCAACCUACUUCUAUCAAGACUAUCAAGGCCACUCACCAAUCCAAACUACACUUCGUUAUAUCCCACUGGGUAUCUUCGGCAUACUCGGUACCGUCGCAGCUGGCUAUUUGAUGGACCGUAUCAGAGGUAACUACAUUCUCAUCGUUGGCUUGACGCUGGGCACAAUUUCCAACAUCCUCUUCGCCGUCCCAAUCCCGCCCUCAACAAGUUACUGGGCCUACGCCUUCCUCGCGAUGUGCUUCGCGGGCAUCGGCGCUGACACGGUCUAUCCCUGCCUCGGUCUCUUCAUCACCCAGUCUCUCCCAAGAAAAGACCAGAGUGUUGCAGGCGCGAUGUUCCAGACCUUUGCAGGGCUUGGAAGGGCCAUGUUCUUGCCAAUCACUGCCACUAUCCAGGAUUUUGUGCAGAGGAAGCUCAGAAAUCAGGGAAAGGGGGAGCUUCCGGCGCUGCUGGAAGGGAUCAGGGCAGUGGAGUGGUUCUGUGCUGCCGCUAUGGGUUUCUGUUUGCUUCUGACGAUCUGCGGGCUGGGGAAUAUGGGGAAGAUUGGAUUGCUGAAAAAGCUGGGGACUGUGCAGUCAGACACCAAGGAGAAAGAUGAGGAGGUGAUAUAG